AUGAUUCAGCUUCUGCUAGUGUCAAACCUUCUCCUAUGGGAAUGUGUGGUCUCCAGACCCAUGUGCCUUGACAUAGGAUACAAGAAGUUGUUCCUUCAAGAACUCCUUGACCGUGCAACUGUCAUUGCUCAAUACACCUCUAACCUCACCAUGCAAAUGUCUGAGGAGUUUGAUGAAAACUUUGCCAAAAACCUGGAGUACAAAGCCAGGAACUCCAGCACCUGUCAUACCGCUUCCCUUACUACUCUGGAAAUCAAUGAACAAAUCCAACAGACACAAUCAGAUGAACUUCUCAAAGUGAUGAUCAGCAUUUCACGAGCCUGGUACCACCCUCUGGAACACAUAGUAUGUGAAGUGGCUGCUCGUAAAGGGACCUGUGAGACAAUGCUGUCGAAAAUCAAAGAGGUCGGAAAAAAUCAAGAACUUCUAGAGGAAAUGAAAGGAAUCCUUGUCAGAGUUCAUCCUGGAGCUGAAGAAAAUGCCUACCCUGCUUGGAUGGGACUAGCAGAAGUGAGAUCUGACAAUGAAGAUACUCACCAUUUUGCUCUUAGUAACCUGUUGCACUGCCUUCGAAGUGAUACUGAUAAGAUUGUCACUUACCUUGAGGUCCUGAAGUGCCAAGUCAUCCAUAAUAACAACUGCUGA